GCCGGGGGGCGUGGCUCCAGCGGAGGGGGCGUGGCCUUGCCGGGUGCACGUGGGCGCUAUAAAUGCCCGGCCCGGGGCCCCCCCCGCAGUCGAGGCUCGGCAUCGCUCCCCCCCCCUCGAUUCCCACCGGCUCCCCCCGAGUCCUCCGAGUCCUCCGGUGCCGCCCGUGGCCCCCCGGGCACUUUCCCCCGCUCUCCCCGCCUCCCCUGGUGUCACCGCUGCCCUCCCCCCGUGCCCCCGGUGCCGCUCGAGCCCCCGGUGACUCGCCAUGGCCCCCAGCCUGCGCCUGCCCGCCCGGGCCGCCCUGCUGUCCCACUCCCUGCCCGAGCCGAGGGUCCCCCGGGGUCCCCCAGUCCCCCCUGAUCCCUCUCUACAGCCCCGCACCCCACACCCCCGCGGUCCCCCGGAGUCCUCCCGCCCCCGGGGCUUGGCCGAGAUGCCGGGGCCGAGCUCCACCGCCUUCAUCUUCGAGCUGCUGUGCCGAGGAGGGGUGCGGAGGCUGCAUGAGAUGCAGGUUCACGGGCGGUGCCGGUUCGGGCCGCUCUGGAAGGCCCGGUUCGGGCCGGUGCUCACGGUGCACGUGGCCGACCCGGCGCUCGUGGCUCAGGUGCUGCGGCAGGAGGGGCCCGAGCCCAGCCGCGCCCUGAGCUGCCCCUGGAAGGAGCACCGGAGCCUCCGGGGGGUCCCGGGGGGGCUCCUCACCCUGGAGGGCGAGGCGUGGCGGGGGUCGCGGCGGGUGCUGGCGCGGGGGCUGCUGAGCCCGGGGGCGGCCAAGGCCUUCGCGGGGCCCGUGGCCACUGCGGUGGCCGAGCUGGUGGCGCGGCUGCAGCGGCUGCGGCGGCAGCACCCGCAGGGGAUCGUCCCCGACAUCGGCAUCGAGUUCAACCGCUUCGGCCUCGAGGCCAUCUCCUGGGUGCUGUUCUCCUCCCGCCUGGGCUGCCUGGAGGACACCGGCGAGGCCACCGAGGGUGUGAUCCGGAGCGUGGGGGAGGUGCUGGCACUGACGCUGGUGACAAUGGCACUGCCCCGUCCCCUCCUGCGCCUCAACCCUGCGCCCUGGGACGCCUUCUGCCGCGCCUGGGACCAGCUCUUCGCCUUCGCCAAGGGACACGUGGACCGGCGCGUGGCCGCGGUGGCUACGCAGGGGCCGCUGGCCAAGGGGGACAUGUGUGUCACCGACCUGCUGGCCCGGGAGCGCGUCCCUAUCAGCAGCAUCUACGGCAACGUCUCCGAGCUGCUGCUGGCCGGGGUGGACACGGUCGCCAGCACGCUGGCCUGGAGCCUGUACGAGCUGGCGCGGAACCCGGGGGCGCAGGCGGCCCUGCACCGCGAGCUGAUGGCGGCCACGGCCACCAACGGUGCCACCAACAGUGACGGUGCCACCACCGACAGUGCCACUGCUGCGGCCACCGCCACCGCGCUGGGACGGCUGCCGCUGCUACGCGCUGUGGUGAAGGAGACCCUCAGGCUGUACCCGGUCAUCCCGGCCAACGCCCGCGUUGUCCCCGACCGCGACAUCCGCGUCGGCAACUACCUGCUGCCACGCCAGACCCUCAUCACCCUCUGCCACUACGCCACGUCCCGCGACAGCCGCUUCUUCCCAGUGCCCAACGCCUUCCGUCCGGAGCGCUGGCUGCGCCACAGGGACACCGGUGACACGCCCGGGGACCCCGGGGACACUCCUGGGCACCCCCCUGGCACCGGGCACCCCUUUGCCUCUCUGCCCUUCGGCCUCGGCCCGCGCAGCUGCGUCGGGCGCCGCUUGGCCGAGCUGCAGCUGCACAUGGCGCUGGCGCAGAUCCUGCUGCGGUUCGAGGUGCAGCCGGAGCCCGAGGGGGGCCACGUGCGCCCCAUGACCCGCACCCUGCUCGCCCCCGCCGCCCCCAUCGGCCUGCGCUUCCUCGAGCGGUGACACCGGGGACGCCAAGGACACUGAGGACACUGGAGGCUUCGGAGGCAUGAGGACACCGAGGACACCAGGGACGGCGGGGAGACCUUGAUGCCGGUGGUGACUUCACCACCAGCGAUGAUGACACUGACCCCUUGGUGUGGUGGCCUUGGUGGCCUUGACUUCAGCGGUGGCUUUGACACCGUAGUGUCCCCAAUGUCACCACAGCCCUGACCCUGUGGUGACCCUUGACCGUGGCCUUGACCCCACAGUGACACUGACCUUGGCAGUAGCCCCAACCCCAUGGUGGCCCUGACCCUGGGUGGUGGCCGUGACUCCUCGGUGGCCCUGACCCCACGGUGUCCCCAGCCCUGCCGUGUCCUCCCCAUCCCACACCCCCCAGGAUUUGGGGGUUAUUUAUUGGCCAAUAAAGAGAUUUUGGUGC